AUGGCAGAAGCUUUCGUUCAAAUUCUGGUAGACAAUAUCAGUUCUUUCCUUCAGGGGGAACUUGUAUUGUUUUUCGGUUUUGAAAAUGAGUUGGAAAAUCUUUCAAGUCGGUUUUCUACAGUCCAAGCAGUGCUUGAAGAUGCUCAGGAGAAGCAACUCAAGGACAAGGCAAUAAAAAACUGGUUACAGAAACUCAAUGCUGCUGCGUAUAAAAUAGAUGACAUGUUGGACGAAUGUAAAUAUGAGGCAGCAAGAUUCAAGCAGUCUCGACUAGGGCGUUGUCAUCCAGGGAUUAUGACCUUCUGUCACAAGAUUGGGAAAAGGAUGAAAGAGAUGAUGGAGAAACUAGAAGCAAUUGCUAAGGAAAGAAAGGAUUUUCAUUUGCAUGAAAAACUUAUAGAGAGACAAGCUGCUAGACGGGAAACAGGUUCUAUCUUAAUUGAACCAGAAGUUUAUGGAAGGAAAAAAGAGGAAGAUGAGAUAGUGAAAAUCCUGAUAAACAAUGUUAGUAAUGCCCAAAAUUUUCCAGGCCUCCCAAUACUUGGUAUGGGGGGACUAGGAAAGACGACUCUUGCCCAAAGGGUCUUCAAUGAUCAGAGAAUGAUUAAGCAUUUCCAUCCCAAAAUAUGGAUUUGUGUCUCGGAAGAUUUUGAUGAGAAGAGGUUGAUAAAGGCAAUCAUCGUAGAAUCUAUUGAAGGAAGGCCACUACUUGGUGACAUGGACUUGGCUCCACUUCAAAUAAAGCUUCAGGAGUUGCUGAAUAGAAAAAGAUACUUUCUUGUUUUGGAUGAUGUUUGGAAUGAAAAUCCACAAAAGUGGGAUAAUUUGAGAGCAGUCUUGAAGGUUGGAGAAAGUGGUGCUUCUGUUCUAACCACUACUCGUCUUGAAAAGGUUGGUUUAGUUAUGGGAACUUUGCAACCCUAUCGGUUGUCAAAUUUGUCUGAAGAAGAUUGCUGGUCGUUGUUAAUGCAAUGUGCAUUUGGGCACCAAGAAGAAAUAAAUCCUAACCUUGCUGCCAUUGGAAAGGAGAUUGUGAAAAAAUGUGGCGGUGUGCCUCUAGGAGCCAAGACUCUUGGAGGUCUUUUGCGUUUCAAGAGAGAAGAAAGAGAAUGGGAGCACGUGAGAGAUAGUGAGAUUUGGAAUUUGCCUCAAGAUGAAAGUACUAUUUUGCCAUUCCUGAGUUUGAGUUAUCAUCAUCUUCCACUUGAUCUGAGACAAUGCUUUUUGUAUUGUGCAGUAUACCCAAAGGACACAAUAAUGGAAAAGGAAAAUCUCAUCACUCUCUGGAUUGCACUAUCAAAAGGAAACUUGGACCUAGAGUAUGUGGGUAAUGAAGUAUGGAAUGAAUUAUACAUGAGGUCUUUCUUCCAAGAGAUUGAAGUUAAAUCUGGUAGAACUUAUUUCAAGAUGCAUGAUCUCAUCCAUGAUUUGGCUACAUCUUUGUUUUCAGCAAGCACAUCAAGCAGCAAUAUCCGUGAAAUACAUGUAAGAAAUUAUAGCAAUCAUAGAAUGUCCAUUGGUUUUCCUGAAGUGGUGUCUUCUUACUCUCCUUCGCUCUUGAAAAUGUCUGUCUCGUUAAGGGUGCUUGACCUAAGCCGCUUAGAACUUGAGCAGUUACCGUCUUCCAUUGGAGAUCUAGUACAUUUAAGAUACCUGGACCUGUCUCGCAAUGUUUUACUUCGUAGUCUUCCAAAGAGUUUGUGCAAGCUUCAAAAUCUGAAGACUCUUAUUCUAAAUAGAUGCAGUUCACUUUGUUGUUUGCCAAAACAAACAAGUAAACUUGGUAGUCUCCAACAUCUUUUCCUUGAUGAUUGUCCACUGGCUGCUAUGCCCCCAAGGAUAGGAUCUUUGACAUGCCGCAAAUCUCUAUCUUUCUUUAUUAUUGGCAAGAGAAAAGGUUAUCAGCUUGGUGAACUAAAAAACCUAGAUCUCCAUGGCUCAAUUUCAAUCAAACACCUUGAGAGAGUAAAGAACGAAACAAAGGUAAAAGAAGCCAAUUUAUCUGCAAAAGCGAAUUUGCAAUCUUUAAGCAUGUUUUGGGAUUUAUAUGAACCACAUAGGUACGAAUCGGAAGAAGUCAAAGUGCUUGAAGUCCUCAAACCACACCCCUGUCUGAAAUCCUUAGAAAUCACUGGCUUCAGAGGAUUCCAUUUUCCAAACUGGAUAAGUCACUCAGUUUUGGAGAGAGUAGCCUCUAUUACAAUUAGUCAUUGUAAAAACUGCUCAUGCCUACCACCCUUUGGUGAGCUGCCUUGUCUAGAAAGUCUAGAGUUACACUACGGGUCUGCGGAGGUGGAGUAUGUUGACGAGUAUGAUGUUGAUUCUGGAUUCCCCACAAGAAGAAGGUUUCCUUCCCUGAGAAAACUUGUUAUAAGGGACUUUCCUAAUAUGAAAGGACUGCUGAUCAAAAAGGUAGGAGAGGAGCAAUGCCCCGUGCUUGAAGAGGGAUAUUACGUCUUGCCCUAUGUUUUUCCGACCCUUUCUUCUGUCAAGAAAUUGCGUAUUUGGGGGAAGGUAGAUGCAGCAGGUUUGUGCUCCAUAUCCAAUCUUAGGACUCUUACUGACCUCAGCAUUAGCCAUAACAAUGAAGCUACUUCGCUCCCGGAAGAGAUGUUCAAAAGCCUUGUAAAUCUGAAGAACUUGCAUAUCAAUUACUUGGGGAAUCUCAAAGAGCUGCCUACCAGCGUGGCUAGUCUCAAUGCUUUGCAGCUUCUGCAUACUAAUUCGUGUCGCGCACUAGAGAGUCUUCCCGAGGGAUUGCAGCACCUAACAGUGUUAACAGUUCAUGGCAGUCCAGAACUGAAAAAGCGAUAUGAGAAGGGAAUAGGACGAGACUGGCACAAAAUUGCUCACAUUUGUAUUGUAGACUCGUGAGUUAUUUGUCUUUGUUUGGGAGUUUCCUGCCAUUGGAUGUAAUUUUAACAUGAACAUUAUUUACUUAUUUCAAGUCAUUUCUCAAGUCCAU